AUGUCUGUUGGAGCCACCAGGUCCAAGUUCCGCCCGGCACCGAGUGCCACGCACGACUGGAUCGGCCCGCCCAACCCUCUUUCCAACCUGCGACCGAUCAUCUAUCGGGAAGCCAAGAACGAGUCGGAGGUGGAGAAACGUCUGAGGAACAUGCGACAGGACACCGAGGACUGGAACCACCAAUUCUGGGCUGAGCAGAACCUCACGUUCGGCAAGGAAAAACAUGCCUUCAUCGUCUCCCAGCUCAAGGCUAAAGGCUUAACUGAGCGCGACCAGCAAGGUCGCCGCCGCACUCUGAGCAGCGAGGAGAUGUCAGUCUUCUACAAGAGUUUCUUGGACAAAAACAGAGUGCGGCACGCUAAUUACAAUAGGGAGUGGUACCGACGCAAUUUGUCAAUCACCUUCCUCAUGGCUCGUGUUGCACUGGACAACUUGUGGAAGAAGGUCAAGGAUAAACGCCAUGGCAAACCCACGACGUUAUCAUGA